AUGUUGUUAAAGGCAAUUAUGAAGAUGAAGAGAUUGAAAAGGUUAAACUUAGAAGUAUCAAACAAUAUGCUUUCUGAUGAAGGAAUAAAUAAUUCAUUACUUCUUUUAGGGAAUUAAAUAUAAAUGGAAUAUUUUUGA